GUGUCUCUAUCUGAGAAUUCCGAGAUAAACUGCAGUCCCUACCAAAAUAGGGCACACGGUACAAACCGAAAACUUAUUUUUGUUUUGUCAUACAUAAAAAGUAACUGUUAAAAAAAUUGUAUUGGAGAAUUUUUGAAUAUUAACUUCUACAACAUUGGAGUCUUGUGAACGCGGCCAUAGAUUGUGUCUGCCUCUACCAAUGAAUAAAGAAUACCUAUUCAUUGGCCUCUACGGUGAUUUUGACGCUACAAAGUUUUGACGUUUUAAAGAUAGGUUAUGUUUGUAUACGUUUUUGAAUCAUGUAAAUAAAUAAACCUGUUAAUAAUGAGUUUGAAAACUCUUUUGCGAAAAAACCUAGAAAAAAAGCAAAAAAUUCAAGAAAAGCAAUCACCUGAGGAGUUACUCAAAGAAGAAGAUGAUUACUUUAAAAAAUACAUGAACGAAUGGAACAACAUCGGAAAGAAACCAAAUCCGAAGGGAAUCCCCCAAUUUUACUGGCGACUGCCCAAAGAGAAUGACGUUCUGCAGCAAAAAUUGAGAGAAGAAACAAGAUCAAGUUUUCUUCAGAGACGAAGUCACAAUCUAUUAGAUAACAACGAAUUGAAAGCCCUAUGGAUGUUACUGGAUCAUUAUCAAACCUCUCCAAAUGAUCAACUCAUUAGUUAUUCUGAUUAUAAAGUCGUUACAAACUUGGCCGGUGCAAAACUGUGUCCUUAUUUUACUGCUAACAUAUUCGCACGUCUGCAGCAGAAUGAUCCGCACGGUCAGGUUUCAAUUAUGUCACUUUUUAAUUACGUCAUGCGGAAAGUUUGGCUUCAACAAACACGAAUUGGUCUGUCGUUGUACGAUGUGUCAGGUCAGGGAUAUUUAAGAGAAGCAGAUUUGGAAAGCUACAUAGCCGACUUGCUCCCUACAUUGCCCCAGUUAGAGGGGUUAGAGAGUUCCUUUCAUAGCUUUUAUGUAUGCACUGCUGUUAGGAAAUUUAUAUAUUUCCUUGAUGGCUUACGAGCGGGACGUGUUCGCAUAUUAGACAUUUUGGUUUGUUCGUUCCUGGAUGAUCUAUUAGAAUUACGUGACAAAGAGAUAAGUAAGGAGGUGCAAGAGCAAAAUUGGUUUAGUGCUCCAUCAGCUCUGCGAGUGUAUGGACAAUAUUUAAACUUGGAUCGUGAUCAUAAUGGUAUGUUAUGUCAAUCUGAACUUGCGAAUUACGGCUCGGGCACAUUGACACAGCCAUUUGUUGAGAGAGUUUUUCAAACCUGUUUAACAUAUGGCGGAGAAAUGGAUUAUAAAACUUAUUUAGACUUGGUGUUAACUCUGGAAAAUCGUUCAGAACCGCAAGCUUUAGCGUUUCUAUUUAGAAUGCUUGAUUUGAACGAUAAGGGUUAUUUGGACGCAUUUGUUUUAAAUUACUUCUUUCGAGCUAUACAGGACCAAAUGCGGGCACUUGGUGCUGCACCUGUUAGUUUUGAAGAUGUGAAGGAUGAGUUAUUUGAUAUGGUCAAAUCAAAAGAUCCAGAACAUAUUACGCUGAAUGAUUUAUACGCAUCUGGACAAGGUGACACUUUUGUUAGUAUUCUUAUAGAAUUCCACAGAUUUUGGAAUUAUGAAAAUAGAGAAGCGGUGACAGCGGAUCCUUUGCAAGAUUAAAACUGUUUUUAACAAAAUAUUUAAAGAAUAAAAUAUUUUUGCAAUUUU